UACUGAACCAGUGCUGGGUCAUAUUCACAGGCUGGUUCAAUUCUCCCAUUCAAACUAGCGGCUGUCCUAAUUCCUUAGAACAAACCAGUGCAAUGUUGUGUGUGCGUGCGUGCGUGUGUGUGUGUGCGUGCGUGUGUGUGCGUGCGUGUGUGCGUGUGCGUCUUCUAAAUUCAACACAAAUUAUUAUUAUUUUUAUUAUAAGCUGUCUUUUAAAAAACGUUUGUAUUUUAAAAUAAAAUAUAUAUAUAUAUUUUUCUGCACAAUUAAAUCCCUGUGUGGGAUCUCAGUGUCUUCAGUGUAAAUUCAAUGGCAAACGUUUCCACUAGAAGUCUUUCUCAGUGUCUUCAGUGUAAAUUCAAUGACAAACGUUUCCACUAGAAGUCUUUCUCAGUGUCUUCAGUGUAAAUUCAAUGACAAACGUUUCCACUAGAAGUCUUUCUCAGUGUCUUCAGUGUAAAUUCAAUGACAAACGUUUCCACUAGAAGUCUUUCUCAGUGUCUUCAGUGUAAAUUCAAUGACAAACGUUUCCACUAGAAGUCUUUCUCAGUGUCUUCAGUGUAAAUUCAAUGGCAAACGUUUCCACUAGAAGUCUCUCUCAGUGUCUUCAGUGUAAAUUCAAUGGCAAACGUUUCCACUAGAAGUCUUUCUCAGUGUCAUCAGUGUAAAUUCAAUGACAAACGUUUCCACUAGAAGUCUUUCUCAGUGUCUUCAGUGUAAAUUCAAUGACAAACGUUUCCACUAGAAGUCUUUCUCAGUGUCUUCAGUGUAAAUUCAAUGACAAACGUUUCCACUAGAAGUCUUUCUCAGUGUCUUCAGUGUAAAUUCAGUGACUAAUGUUUCCACUAGAAGUCUUUCUCAGUGUCUUCAGUGUAAAUUCAAUGGCAAACGUUUCCACUAGAAGUCUUUCUCAGUGUCUUCAGUGUAAAUUCAAUGGCAGAGAGAGACAGACAGACAGUCAGGUUGCAGAGAGAGAGACAGUCAGGCUGCAGAGAGAGAGAGAGAGACAGCCAGGCUGCAGAGAGAGAGAGAGAGAGAGAGAGAGAGAGAGAGAGAGAGAGAGAGACAGACUGCAGAGAGAGACAGACAGACAGUCAGGCUGCAGAGAGAGAGAGACAGUCAGGCUGCAGAUAGCCUUGCUGCACCCUGGCUCGUAUCUCUUGCUGUUCUCUGAAGACGAAGCCAAUCUUUUGAUCUGUUCUCUCGGAAUGACUGUCCUGCGCUGUUUCACUAUGAGCAAGCCUGGCUCUGAGAGCAGGAGAGUUGGAGGCUGUGCUGGUUUAGAGAGCAGGACAGUUGGAGGCUGUGCUGGUUUAGAGAGCAGGACAGUUGGAGGCUGUGCUGGUUUAGAGAGCAGGACAGUUGGAGGCUGUGCUGGUUUAGAGAGCAGGACAGUUGGAGGCUGUACUGGUUUCUCUCUCUCUCUCUCUCUGCACACUGGGCAAUGCUGGUGGCAAAGCUGACACAAACCCAAGACUUUAGAACUCAGUGACAUCACGGUUCCGUUGCCAUGGCAGCCGAGUUCUCCUCAGCUUCAAAUCCACACAAGUCUGCUUCAGUUUGGUUCAAACCGCUUGAGCUGGGAGGCCCUGAACAUGCUGGUUUUACUGGGAGUCGCUGUGGUGCUGCUGGAGAUCCCCCUGCUGGCUGCUCAUGACUCCUCUCUGCAGUGGGGUGGCUGGCAGUCCUGGGUGUGUGUGUGUGAUCUGCACAAGCAGGCUCGGAUCCGGUACUUCACGGUGCAGCAGCGUGCCGGUGAGAUCAACCUCAACACCGCCCAGUUCUGGCAGGAGAAGCCGUGCCAGCGUGCCGACUGCCAGGGCUGCACCGCAGAGCAGUGUCCCGACACCCCGGCCCCCGUCCCGCCGCGCCCCGAGGCCGAACCCUACGACAGCUUGCCCGUCGUCGACGACUUGGGAUAGACGGCGCCCCCUGUCUGCCCCCGUGAGGAGAGACGGAGGGAGCGAGGGAGGAGAGUUUUUUUUUUUUUUUUUUACUUGAGAAAUGUUUGUUGGUUGGUGUGCAUGUUUUAGAAGUUGCUUUCUUUGUAGAUAUGUGUGUCUCCUGAUUGGAGAUUGUGCCAUGCUGUAAUAAACACGAGUGUGCACUGA